AUGUGAAGUCGCAAUAGAAGGGUUGGUAUGGAGAGCCUGUCACCCGAGAGACUACCUGGCCAUCCUCACCAGGAGGAGUCCUCUGUCUUCUGGCGGCUCACUGUGAAGGUCAUGGAGGCUCGGAGUCUGCCUAGGGCUGACCUAUUGAGUGAGGCGGACCCCUAUGUGACUCUACUGCUGCCAACAGCCCCUGGGAUGAAAUUCAAGACCAAAACUGUCACCAACUCCAGUCAUCCUGUAUGGAAGGAGACCUUCAGUUUCCUCAUCCAGAGUCAGGUCAAGAACACUCUAGAACUGAGUAUCUGUGAUGAAAACUUAAUUAUGAAAGAUGGCAUCUGCUUCAAAGUUUCCUAUGAUGUCUCAGAAAUCUCCCCUGGCCAACUGCUCCAGAAAACCUUCCGCCUGAAUCCUCAGGGACCAGAAGAGUUAGAUGUGGAGUUCCUGAUGGAAAAAACGUUGGACCCUCCAGAAAACCUCAUCACCAACAAUGUUCUUGUGGCCCGAGAACUGUCAUGCCUGGAUGUCUGUCUGGACAGAGCUGGGAGCACCACCACAGCAGCAGGUCAGGACAAACCAGAGCUGGAGCUUGUGCUGAAGGGGUCAUAUGAGGACACACAGACAUUUGCCCUGGACACAGCCUCUGCCUUCAGCUUCCACUACAUGAAGGGCCAAGACACAGCACUGAACGGGUGCCUGAGGAGCUCUGGAAACAAUGGCUGGACCUCCUACACCUCAGCUGUACCCCUCGAUGUACCCCUGAAGUCCUUGACCACAAGGAAGGAGGUGACUGUAGACGUUCCUGCUACUAACGGCCCAGAAGUGAAGCUUCAGCUUAAGACAGACUACUGCCCUAAGGAGCUGGCUGUGCGGCUAGGCUAUGGGCUCUGUCCCGAGGAGCAGGCCUUCCUGGGCAGGAGGAAGCAGGUGGUAGCUGCCGCCCUGAAGCAGGCCCUGCAGCUAGACGAAGACUUGAAGGAAGAUGAGGUCCCUGUUGUGGGCAUCAUGGCUGAAGGAGGAGGUGUCCGGGCUAUGAUCUCACUCUACGGCCACCUAUUGGCGCUUCAGAAGUUGGGCCUCCUGGACUGUGUGACCUAUUUCAGUGGCGUCUCAGGCUCUACGUGGACAAUGGCCCACCUGUACCAGGACCCAGAGUGGUCACAGAAGGACCUCGACGGACCCAUCCGCCAUGCCAGGGAGCAUGUGGCUAAGAGCCUGUGGAGGGGAUUCUUACCAGAACACUUGGCAAGCUACCACCAGGCACUGAAGCAUCGGGCAGAGCAGGGCCACGCCACCACCAUAGCGGACCUGUGGGGCCUGGUGCUGGAGUCCAAGCUGCAUGGGCAGGUGAGAGACCAGAAUCUGUCAGGACAGAGGACUGCACUGGAGCGUGGUCAGAACCCUCUGCCCCUCUACUUGAGCCUCAACGUCAAAGAGAACAACCUGGACACCCUCCACUUCAAGGAAUGGGUGGAGUUCUCUCCCUAUGAAGUUGGGUUCCUGAAAUAUGGAGGCUUUGUCCCUCCUGAACUCUUCGGUUCUGAGUUCUUCAUGGGGAGGUUGAUGAAGAGGCUUCCAGAGUCCCAGAUCUGCUUUCUGGAAGGUAUCUGGAGCAACAUUUUCUCUGCGAACUUGAUGGAUAUCUGGUAUGAUGUCACCUCUGGGAAAGACUGGAAGAACCUCAUUGUGGAUGUCCAGAACUCAGAGGAUCCCUCAGCCUCAGCAGGCUAUGUGGAGGCCUCAUGGCUGCAGCCUGGAACAGCCCUGGCCCAGGCAUUUAAGGGCUUUCUGAAUGGCCGGCCAUUCUACCAGCGCAGUGCCAACUUCCUCCAUGGCCUCCAGCUGCACCGGGACUACCGUAACCAGAAAGACUUCUCCACCUGGGCAGAUUGCCACCUGGAUGACACCCCCAAUCAGCUGACCCCACAGGACACUCAGCUCUGCCUAGUGGAUGCUGCCUACUUCAUCAACAACAGCUGCCCCUCCAUGGUCCGCCCAGGUCGCCAAGUGGACCUCAUACUCUCCUUCAACUACUCCCAAUUCUCGCCCUUUGAGGGGCUGCAGCAAUCUGAGAAAUACUGCAAAGCUCAGGGCCUGCCCUUCCCCCGCGUGGAGCCCAGCCCAGAGGACCAACGCCAGCCCCAGGAAUGCCACCUUUUCUCAGAUCCCACCUGCCCUGAGGCACCUGUUCUGCUGCACUUCCCGCUGGUCAAUGGCUCCUUCAGGGACCACUCAGCCCCUGGUGUCCGGCGCAGUCCUGCUGAGCUCAAGGCUGGGCAGGUGGAUCUCACAGGAGAAGCCUCCCCUUACAUGAUGUACAACAUGACCUACAAGGAGGAAGAUUUUGACCGUCUGCUUCAGCUCACUGACUACAACAUGCGGAACAGCCAGGACACUAUCCUACAGGCCUUGAAGACUGUUCUGAAACGCAGGGCCCCAGAGGUGAAGCCAUCAGGGAUGUAG